UUCAAUUUACCUCCUCUCAUUUUGUUUUUCUUCCCUUUCUCCGUGUGUGUCUGAGUGUUUUGGCGAUGCCAGGAGACCCAGGGCUGGUAUUUGGAGGAUAGAGGACGGCGAGUUUUACCGAGGGAACAGUGCCUCAAUAGACAAGGAGCUGACUGUAUUGAAUGCCACUCACCCAACUGUUGAAGGAGGACAACUAUAUUUUUUCCAGUGAAGAAGAGGUGCCCUCUGAGCGGCAAGCCCGCUGAAUAUUGCUGCAGGAUGGUUGUGUGUUGCUACUGUGACCGCAGCAGGGCUUCGGGUUGAUUUUGGCGAUCAGAUUUUAGUUUUAGGGAGAUUUUGGGGAGUAUUUUAGGGGCACCUUUAGAUGUCAAGGCUGGCUGUGAACGCAGAGUUGAGUGGUUUUGGCGUCAAGGGGCAAGGUUAGGCAGCAUUUGGGGAUAAGUUUUUUGUUUUCGCGUAUUUUGAAGAGACUUUGGGUAUUUUGGGCAGUUAUUGGUUAUCACGGAGUAUUGGGUCAGGUUUUAGUGUUUUAUUUGAAGUGGGUGGUAUUAUUUCAGGAGAAGUUUUGUUGAUCAGUGUUAUUUAGGGAGGAGAUUCACCGCGGACUCACCCUUGCUGCUCCGAAAAUGGCGGGGAGUAGCUGCAGUCCCGGGCCCGGCGCCGGAGGCUCGUCGGGCGGCUCGGCGUCGGCCUCCAGUCCCGGGCCCGGGCCUGGCCCUUCCAGUGGCGGCUCGACCGCCUCCAACCCCCGUAAGUUCAGCGAGAAGAUCGCGCUGCACAACCAGAAGCAGGCCGAGGAGACGGCUGCCUUUGAGGAGGUGAUGAAGGAUCUCAGCGUAUCGCGGGUCCAGUUGCAUAAGCUGCAUCACUUGCGUUUGGCACAGACUCGAGCUCAGUAUUAUGGAGGAUCGCUACCCAACGUCAAUCAGAUUGGUAACAACACAACUGACUUCCAGGGUUUGUUGCAUCCAGCACUAGAUUCUGCACGAGGAACACGACAUCAUGGUUUGGUGGAGAGGGUUCAACGUGAUCGAAGUCACCUAAUGUCUCCUCACCGCCGUCAGUCUCCAAUGGAUAAACAUGGACGCCAAUUUGACAGUUCCCCGUACGGGUCAGUUUAUCUUUCACCACCGCCAGAUACCAGCUGGAGACGGAGAAUCCCACCCUGGGGCAGUGAGGAGAAGCCACCUCGAUUGAGACUGAUCUCGGCACUCAGCAGGACCAAUUCCGACUCUGCCCUGCACACCAGCGCUCUCAAUCCCAGUCCACAGGAUGCCUUCGUGGGGGAGAGCCAGUCGUUCCCACAGCAAGAUCGGCGGCAUGUGAACUAUUACGAUGAAAUGGACAUUCAGGGGGAAGUCUUUUCAUUCCCGGUUCCAACGACGGAAGAUAAUCUGUUAAAGCUGAACAAACCUUUGCCAAAACAGCUGUGGGAAGCGAAGAAGGUUCAAUCGUUAUUACGUCCCAAGUCCUGUGAAGUCCCUGGUAUCAGUAUCUAUCCUUCCCCGGAUCAGAAUGCCGGGUUGUCGCAUUUCCAAGGGUCACUGAACACAGGAGGCUCUCUACCCGACCUCACGAAUCUCCACUUCCCAUCGCCUCUUCCGACUCCCCUGGACCCCGAGGAUGGCUCCUUCCCCAACAUCAGUGGCGGCAGCAGCACCGGCAACCUGGCGGCCACCAUGACACACCUGGGCAUUAGCAGUUCCCAAGGUCUGUCAUCGUCUUUGCACAGCUCGCUGAGUAACCCAUCCAUACAGGCUUCACUCAACAAUUCCAUGGUGCCCUCUCCUUUGAGCAACCACUCCCUCGGCAAUACCCCUAUCCAGUCCUCUCUACGGCCGUCGCUAAGCAACCCGUCUAUCCCAACCACACUGAACAGCUCCCCCCGCCGCCGGCAGACGCCAGUCAGUCCACUGACCCUCUCACCUGGGAUGGAGUCUCGAAGGUCUCUGAACAAGCAGUUCUCACCAACAAUGUCACCGACGCUGUCGUCCAUUGCACAAGGGGUUGCCUUGGAUACCAGCAAUAUGGCAAUGGAACAUCUGCCACCUUAUCCACACUACCUGCACCUCCAGUCCAUGCAGCAGGCCCAGCAGCUAAUGCACCAAACACAGCAACAGUCGUCAAUCUCUCCUGUUCAUCAGCUCCCUCAACCAUUGCCGCCGCAGCUACACUCUCCCAACAAUGACACCGUGGACAAUUUCUUCAGUGAUGCGUACUUUGAGCAGCAGUUGCUGGGCAGUCAGUCCAAGCCUCUGUCACACCAGCUGAACCAAUUCAACAUGUUGGAACGGCUGCCCAGUGGCUUGCCAAUGAGCAGCAGCAGCAGUCUCUACAACCUGGGCUCCAGUCUUCACUUCUCCCAGGCCACCGUAGGGGGCUCAACCGGGAGUCAUGGAAAUCUGCGGGAACAGUCGCCGCAGCUGAAACCCAACCUUCAAUACUCCACCUGCACUGGAAACAUCCCCAACAUCGUGCUAACAGGGGACUCUCUGCCAAGCUUGUCCAAGGACAUCAGCAGUGCUCUCGCUGGAGUCCCGGAGUCUACUUUUGACGCCGAUAGCCAGUUCCAGUUGGAUGACGAGCUGAAGAUCGAGCCGCUGAGCCUGGAUGGACUGAGCAUGCUCACUGACCCUGACCUCAUUCUGGCCGACCCGUCGAUCGAAGACACAUUCAGGACAGACAGAAUCUAAUCGGUGCAACUUACUUCUGGUGGGAUGGGGUGAGAAUAUUUCUGGACACUAAAGAGUGAAGAAUAACAUUUACAGAAUGGCACAUUUGGAGCUCGACUUAAUUUUUUAAUCGUUAAAGCACUAGCCAUUGCUUCCGUUUUGGUUUUUAACUCUGUGCAUUUAUGCAUAUGUUUAUCUGGAUUACGGUUGAUAUGUAUUUCUGUUUAAACUGAUUGUCGUCUGGAAGAAGGCCAGUCCCAGCACAUCAACACCAGAAAAAUCAGUGUUCUGUAAACUGUUUGUCUAAAUUUACGUCAUCCUAAGCCACUGAUGGAAAUCUGUAGAAUUCGCUGCUGGCCAUGGCUUUGAGACUGUGUGCCAACCUAUACCAUCCCCACGCCGGGUGCAGCUGGGUGGCUUCCAUCUGCCUCGGAGUCUGUGGGUGAGGAGAGAAAGAGGACAGUGUCCUGGGCUGGAAACCUGGUCAGAAUGUGAGGACGGUUUAACUCUGGAACACAAUAACCCGUCCUGACCAAUGUCUUUUCAAUAUUCACCGCACAGCCUCGCCCACAAAGAACGCAGAGCCUGUUCUGGCACCAACAGCCCUGCGGCAGGCGAGGGUCUGACACUGCGGGCACAACUGGCUGCUUGGCUUCCUUUGCAAAUGGGGACUUGGUCCUUCCAUUGAUUGAAGGAAAUUAAUUGAGAUCGUGUAGGAGCAGAAGGGGAGAUACGGUACAUGGGGCCAGACUGGACAAGGUGACAGAGAAAGUGGCCACUGGAGACCGGGCCAUUUAAUCGAGAUUGUGUAGGAGCAGAAGGGGAGACAUAUGGUACAUGGGGCCAGAGUGGACAAGGUGACAGAGAAAGUGGCCACUGGAGACCGGGCCACUUAAUCGAGAUUGUGUAGGAGCAGAAGGGGAGACAUAUGGUACAUGGGGCCAGAGUGGCUGGACACUGGGGCCAGACUGGACAAGGUGACAGAGAAAGUGGCCACUGGACACUGGGCCAGCCCUGGUUGACCAAUGGAUACUGGGCCCUGGAUGGUUGGAUACCACGGUCAGCAGGAUUGCCAAUGGACACUGGGGCCAGAGAGUAUCCACUAUGUACUGGGGCCAGAAAGUGUGACCACUGGAUACGGGCCAGACUGCUGGACACUGGGGCCAUAGAGUGACGGCUGGACCUCAGAUGGGCACUCAUUGAGCACUGGAGACUGAUAGGGUGACCACUGGGCAUUGAAGCCAGUGGGCAGACGCUAGAAACUGAAGCCAGUGGAGGUCACUGAACACUGGUUUGUUAACAACAACCUUGAGAGAGGAGCUGUUUUGUUCUCCCAAAUAAAUGCCUACAGAUUACAUGGUAAUGAGUUUCCAAUGUUAUUUUUAAUUAUGAAAUGGAUGAUUUUAAAAUAAUAUUAUUAGGAGUAACUCCAAUUCUUCUGGCAAGUGUGUCAGUGGGGACUGACUCCCCUUUACGAUGUGUAUAAAAUUUAUAUCUCUUUAACUGCAAGAUAAUUCCUCGAUUGUAUAGGGAGGAAUUUAAAUAAAAUAUCAGCAUUACUGAUAUCAAGAUUGUUGGAAAACUAUAUUCUAUAUUUUUAAAUCACUAUACUGUAUAGGUUAAGAGUCUGAAUGCCUUAAAAGCUGCUUCCAGUUUGUUUGAGGAAGGUUGAAGUCUGCAUGUUUGCCAACAGUAUGAUUCAAAAGUGUAUAAAGAGUAUCGAAGCUUUUCCCACAGACCUUGAAUGUCAUUCUGCUGCCUUGGCUUUGUGUUUGAGAUGUGCCAACACGAUUUACAGACUGCAGCAACACAUCCCUUCGAUAGGAGUACUGAAUAACUAUUUUUUGAAGUAUUUGUGGGUGUUGUUACAUAUGUUUUGUUCUACGUCAAACCUUGGCCCAAAGUGGAGCUCGAGAGUGAUGUCUUUCAUCACAUGGGCACGGAACUCUUCCCGGAGCCCGCUGCCUUUGGCACCAUGUGUUUACUCUUCUGUAAAAUAAGCUCAUUACAAGCUUGCCUUGGUAGUCUUUGCAACCUGUCUCUUGAAGCCUGUUAUUUUCAGAAUGUUGGUAGGAUGGAUGGUUCUCAGAAGGGCCACUUUCCAGUUGCGCUGCGCUGCCCAGUCGGGUUGUGUUUACAGGAAUGACGGCAAUGCUCACACUGUUGUGGUCAUUCACUGCUCUGCCAGACAAGCACCAGCUCUAAAUCUGUCCGUCCACUCACCUGGCAACGAAGAACCAAAUGUUCCCAUUCAGUGCUUUUAGAAUGGAGAGGCAGACUGUAUCUCCCAGUUCAUAACCAGAGCCAUUCUUUACCAUUGUGCAACCAAGCCUCGCCCUCGUCCCCGCCCCUCGCCCUCGUCCCCGCCCCUCGCCCUCGUCCCCGCCCCUCGCUCUCGUCCCCGCCCCUCGCCCUCAUC